AUGAAGGGGACGACAGAAGUUCCACAAGAAUAUGACCAGAGAUAUAUGUUCUUCUUCGUGCAUGCAGGUCUGGGCGAGCAGCGUAAUGGAGUCCCCGGGACGGACGACGUGAGUGAGAGCCCAGACCAUAGCGGCAAGGGUUACGGAAGAGGCCAAACCAACCCAGGUGCAUCACAAGGAGAUACGGUUGGAGCAGCAGAUGCAGAUCCUAUAGAAAGAAAGACAAAGCCCGAGGCAGAUCCAGACGCGCGUCCCGUCUCUCGGUUUCGUGUUGGACAGCACGAAUACGCUGGAUCAGGCACCCUAGCCGAUCAAAAGUCUGAUUUGAUGAAAUCCUUCGAAGACAGACUAUUCAGCCCGAACAACAACAACAAACUGCGCAGAGAGCUGGGAGAAAUGCGGGGGUCCAGUAGUGUGUCGGCUAGCACUUCGGGAGUCCCAGCUUUUUUGAUCGAAAGCCUCAUCCCUUAUAUCUUUAAUGCACGGGUCCUUUCGAUUGAGUGCAAGAUGGUAGCGAUCAUUUCUACCGCUUCACAGGCUCAGGCAAAGAACGGCGCCAAUCCAAUAGUAAGGCACCAGGCUCACAAGAGUCGGGGACAGAGCGAGGGAGGAGAACCUGCAGGUCAAGAUAAUAAGGAGGUUCAGGAGGUUGCACGACUCUCUUGGUUGGAUAUAUUUCAUGCAAAUGAAGAAAGAGGCCUCAUUCGGGAAAUGGGUUUGGACUUUACCACCAAAUGGUUGGCAGUGAUACGAGAUUCAAUCUGCCGUGGUUUCUUUGCCAAGGUAUGUAAUGAAUUAGAUCUGCAGAAGCCCAUCUUUCCGGGUGUUAUGAUUGGUGAAGAAAGCAAUGCCUUCUGGAAGCGCUUCGAAUAUGAGGGCCUACCUACAAUCUUUUUGUUGUGGCUUUCAACUGAACAACAUGGCCUUGCCGCCCCGCCGCUAGCAGAAGCUAAGCGCUUGAAAAGCGCGCUAAGAAACGUUGCUUCUGUCGGCCUUUCUGCGCAACAGUCCACCAGUUUCGGAAGAGAGGGUUACCGUACAUACAAGAGUCUUCCAGUUCUUACGGAAGCUCUUUCUUACCAGUCAAGUAGUACAACAGCUCUAUCUUACAGCCUGGCGCGGCGGGUCGCCUUUUUAAUUCAGUAG